GCAAUGAAAUGCUUCCUGUUUUCCAUUUCCAGGCCAAACACCAUUGGCGAAGCACACGAUCAUUACACUGCGAGACUUUGGUUGACCAUGCAGCUGUUUGUGCGUGCUCAGACUCUCCACACCUUUCAGGUGUCUGGGUUAGAAACUGUCGCUGACAUCAAGGCUCAUAUUGAGGCAUUGGAGGGACACUCCUGUGAUGACCAGGUGGUUUUUCUGUGCGGGGAACCCCUGCAGGAUGAUGCUGUGAUUGGCCAAUCGGCACUGGAGUUCAGCACUCUUGAGGUUACCCCCCGACUGUUGGGAGGCAAAGUCCAUGGCUCCUUGGCCAGAGCGGGGAAAGUCAGGGGACAGACUCCCAAGGUGGAUAAGCAAGAGAAGAAGAAAAAGAAGACUGGUAGGGCUAAAAGGAGGAUCCAGUAUAAUCGGCGCUUUGUGAAUGUGGUACCAACAUUUGGCAAGAAGAAGGGACCCAAUGCCAACUCAUAACUAUUUUCCCAAAGCCUUGUUUCUGCUGUCUCAUCACAGUUCAACAUUGACAUGACCAUUCAUGCAGUGUGAGCAAUGGACUGGGAGCAAUAUCUGUCAUUUUAUAAUUACAUUUGUCACUGGGAUGAAAUACAAUAAAACUCAGUGAGUAAAGAGUGGUACUCUGCACCAA